AUGGGGGGCUUGGCGGGAUCCCUAUGGCUGCUGCUGCCCCUCCUGGGGGGCCGCCUGGGGGUGCCAGCGAUGGAUGUGACGUCACAGAUGGCCUUUGUGCAGCGCAGCCUGAGCUCGGCGAAGGGGCCCGGCGAGUACAUGUAUGAGAUCAAUGGUGACGAGGUCUUCCAUGUGGACCUGGAGCAGAAGAAGACUGUCUGGCGGCUGCCACAGUUCCCGGAGUACAGCAGCUUCGAGGCCGAGGGCGCGCUGACGAACAUCGCUGUACUCCGCCAAAACCUCAACAUCCUCAUGCAGCGAACCAACAACACCCCUGCCCAGAACGUCCCCCCGAAGGUAACGGUGUACCCAGAGAAGCCUGUGGCCCUGGGGGAGCCCAACGUGCUCAUCUGCCUGGCGAACGAGUUCUCGCCCCCGGUGAUCAGUCUGACCUGGCUGAAGAAUGGGCAGCAGGUGAAGGACAGCGUGCAGGAGACGGACUUCUACCCCAGCACAGACUACUCCUUUCGCAAGUUCUCCUACCUGACCUUUGUCCCUGAGGCCGAGGACAUCUACUACUGCCGGGUGGAGCACUGGGGCCUGGCCCAGCCCCUCACCAAGGAGUGGAAUGCUGACAUGGAUAAGCCCCUUCCAGAGACGGCAGAGAACGUGGUGUUUGGUCUGGGCCUGGUCGUGGGCAUCAUGGGUAUCAUCAUGGGCAUCGUCUUCACCAUCAAGAGCCGGCAGAUGAAUGAGGCCAACUUACGCCGCCGGAGGCCCAUGUGA